AUGUCGAGAGUGGGUUCAUUAAUCAGGUCCUUGAAGUGGACUCUUUCUGUGGGAGCCAUCGGCUCUGUCAUUUAUCUCUACAGGUUCAGCAACAACGGCUACUUUUACGAUCACGAUGCUACAUGGUUAAAGCAAGACCACCAAAUACAAGACCUGAUGGACAGGAAAGAAGUGGCGCCUGGAGGGGCCAAGAACCGCAAACAAGUUGUGAUGAAUGACGGCACCGCAUGGACUAGGACCGUGGGUGAGAGCAUGAAGGAUAUAUGGAACGAACAGAUAAGAAAGUCAGUCAGUUGGAUCUAUUCCUGGGGGAAGAAUUAG